GAUAGAUGCAACAAAUCUCUAUUCGGCAUCUUCCUCUUCCUUCCAUCAAUCAAACUUUAUUUAUUUUUUCUUUGUUUUCUAUGAAUCCUUCGAUAAGUAGCAAUUCCUAAAUCGUAUCAGAACUCAACUUUAGAUUUCAGAUUUUCCGGUUAUCGGAUUCUGGCAGACGAAUUCCAGCUCCGAUCAGACGCCGGUAAGGUUCCGAUACAAUCAAUCUGAACGUUGUAUUCAUUAAAACAAUAUAGUACGAUACAAUAAAGCGCGCGAAGUAAUACAAGACGUAACAACUAUCCAAGCAGAGUGUAAAUGCUUCUAAAUUUGGAUUUCUGGCUUUUCCUUCUUCUGCUGAUUCAACUAUGAAGGUAUGAGCUGAUCAGAAUAGAUUGGAACACGUGACAUGACAUAAAGGACGUAUAACAAUGAGGCGUAUGGUUCCUUCUCUGGUAGAUUUAUGUGUUCAGACAGCUGUAGAUAAUGUUAGAUACCUUGGAGAUGUUGGUGAAACAGACAUUGAUCUAUUAGGGCGCAUUUUGCCUCAUUGUUCUCUUGAACAAUUGAAACAUGUGGAGAAAUCGACAGAAGGAAGAGACCUCAGUCAAGUGACUGAUAGACUUUGGAAGAGGUUUUACCAGAUUGAGUUUGGUGAUAAGAGCCUCAAUCAGGUGGUCGAAAGAAUGAAGCAAAAGAAAGUAACAUUUAAAUGGAAAAAGUUGUAUGAGGCAAAGUCGAAGGAAGUGGAGGAAACUCAGCAAAGGUCAUUCCAAAGAAUCAAGGAGUUGUACCAAAAUGAAAAUGCCAAACGGCAAAGCCGACAAGUUCAAGUCUGCACAAAGGUUCCGCCUUCUAGCAAUAAAAGAAACUUUUACGGUAGUGGAUAUUGUAGCAAUAUUGGCAACACAAAGAGUCCCUUGAUGAAGAAGGCUAAAAUGGAGUUUGUCAACAGUCGAGAAGUGAAGAAUUUAGCUGCUAUGAAGAAUAAGUCUGUGCAAAGAAGUCGUAGCCAAGUUCCUUCAAUAAGGAAGCCAAGUGGUGGUUUUUCCUCCAUGACUUCGUCCUCAAGAUCCAAAUAUACAAGCCGGUAAGAGAGAUUCCAGACUGGCAUUUUAUGUAUCAAAGUUGCCUGUUGCAAGAAAAUGUUUUGAGUGCUGUUUUUUCUGCAACAUCAAAGCGCCAAUUCUGUAACUUACAUAAAACGUUUGGCGUGCUUGGUAUAUCAUAUUUUACAUUAUUCCAAGUCCAUGAUUCUGCGAAUAGUGCUCGUGGAUUUGUUGGAAAAUGGGAGACUGUCAGUCCAAUGGCAGCAGCAGACUAUAAUCCUUCUCUUCAAAGACCGAUCCUUCUGUUUAUCUAGUUUUGAAAUUCAACCUGAUUUCAGAUAGAAGUGACUCUUCCAUAGAAACAGGUUAUACUUGUGUAAUAGAACUCACAUUGUGUGUUUCUCAGCUCGAUCUUCUAAGAGCUUGUACCGCUAAAAGGUGGUUGGCAGUGGCAGAUCCAGACAUUACACUAA